CUCGAUUUUAUUCCACAGAAUCCACAAUGAGGUUAAUAGGAUGGGAAUAACGAAGCAACAUGGAAGAAAUCAUUGAAAUGGAAUAGGAUCCGAUUUAAUUUAAGUCUUUUCUCUGCCAUUCGCCGGGGGGCAGGUAGGGGGCAAUGGCGGAAGGGGAGGACUGCGUUGGACAGGCGGACUGGAAGGAGAGGUGCAUUUCCUUGGAGACCCAGCUCCUCAAGUUCCGGGUUCAGGCCAGUAAAAUCCGGGAGCUGCUGGCUGAGAAGAUGCAGCAGCUGGAGAGACAGGUGCUGGAGGCAGAGCGACGUGCCCAGAAAGCUCACCAGCAGGUCCAGGUGAUGGAGGAGAAGCUGAAGGCUGCGGACGUGCAGACGAGCGAGUCUGAGACACGCCUCUUCCGCCGCUGUCAGGACCUGCAGACCCUGCUGCAGGAGAAGGACGACAUCAUCGCUCUGCUGGAGCAGCAGCUGGAGGAGCAGAAGCAGAUACGACUUCAGGAGGCCAAGACAGUCGAGGAAAAGGCUGCCAAGAUCAAGGAGUGGGUGAUGCUGAAGCUUCACGAGUUGGAGGUUGAGAACAGCAGCCUGAGGGAGACGAACCAGCAGCAGAGCACUCAGAUCCUGGAGCUACAGAAGCAGAUGCAGGCGGUGGAGCAGAAACGAGCCGCGGCCGCCCCGCCCAAACCCGGAGAGGCGCAGCGCCUCAGCAGCCUCACGUUCGGCUGCUUCCAGGUCCGCGCCAAGAGCCCCCAGGUUCUGACGGGCCCGGAACCGGCCCGCAGGACCAUCACCGGCCAGCAGGACGGCAGACAAUCGGCAGAGGGUGCAGACAAGAGCACCAAGCAGAACUCAGUAUCUCCAGGGGGGAAUGACUUGGAAGUUAGGGGUCAGAGGUCAGCACAGCCCAGCCCUGGAGAUGGUGGAUCAGAGAAGGGGUGCGUUUCGGGGCGUGGGGGCGAGGCGGGCUCCUCAAGACGAGAGCCGCAGAAUGACGGGAGCUCGGAGGAGGAGGGCGAGGGCAGGGCCAGGGAGGGGGCGGAGUCGCGCCGCGUGUCGUCGGCCGCGUCAGAGGGGGGCGGCAGCGGGGGGGGACUGCGGUUCAGCCGCGCGGGGAGCGAGACGUACCUCACCGCCUCCGACGACAGCAGCUCGCUCUUCGACGACGACAUGCAGCACGCCGACCGGCCCCAGCUCCGCCUCCAGGGCUCUGAGGGGGCGGUCCCGCUGGCGGGAGGGGGGCGGGUCAAGGGCGGGGCCGAGCGCGACAGCUCGUCGGAUGAGCUCAACAAGCGCUUCCAGUCCCAGCGGCUCGACUCCUCCUCCUCGUCCAGUGAGGCCACCACCCCUAGCCCCGUCCUUACGCCCACCCUCACCCCCACCCACCCCAUGCCCCCGCUGGACUCCGGAGCCCCCGCCCAGCCCUCCGCAGCCAAGCAGCCCCCGCCCAAGCUGCGCACGCCCAACGUCUUCAGCAUCAGCGUGGCGCUGGCCAAGAAGCACCUGAGCCAGCCGCCGCUGAGCUCCGAGUCCCCGCACGGCCGCACGCGCAAUGCCAUCAGCAUGCUCCGCCCAUUGCGGCCCCAGGAGACUGACCUGGACCAGGACCAGGACAUGGAGACGGGCCGGGACCAGGCCUGCGACACGCCUGCCCGUGGGGAGGAGCCGGAGUCGCCCGACUCUCCCGGCAAGGUCCCCGGCAGCAAGCCGCCCACGCCCCCCCUGCACAGGUUCCCAUCCUGGGAGAGCCGGAUAUAUGCGGUUGCGAAGUCUGGCAUCAGGCUUUCAGAGACCUCAUGCACAGACCUCACCAGCAAAAACUCCGCCCCCCAGUCCUCAUACCCGGCCUCAGCCCUCUACACCUCCCUGAUCUACAGGAGUAUGACCACUCCCGUCUACACCACGCUGAAGGGGAAAGCCACCCAGCUGAGCAGCAGCCCGUUCUCAGACGAGUCGUCUGGCUCAGAGGAGGAGGAGAGCUCCCUCUGCAGCUCCCGCACCUCCGGCUCUGACUCACGCAAGGGGAGCAGCCCCGGCAGCCCCCGUGCACUCAAGAGAGCUGUGUCCAUGUCAUCUAUGACUUCUGAGAGUGACUAUGCCAUCCCCCCUGAUGCCUAUUCCACUGACAAUGAGUGCUCUGAGCCAGAGCAGAAACUGCCCAAGACCUGCUCCUCCACCAGCGACAACGGCAAGAACGAGCCGCUGGAGAAGUCGGGGUACCUGCUGAAGAUGGGGGGCAGGGUGAAGACCUGGAAGAGACGCUGGUUCGUCCUCAAGGCAGGGGAGCUGCUGUACUACAAGUCACCGAGUGAUGUCAUACGAAGACCCCAGGGUCAGAUCGAGCUCAGCGCCUCCAGCAGCAUCACCCGUGGCGACGGAAAGCAGACACUCCAGCUGGUGACAGAGAAGCGUGUGUACUACCUGACGGCGGACUCCCCCAACCUCCUGGAGGAGUGGAUCCGCGUUCUGCAGAACGUCCUCCGGGUCCAGGCGGCCAGCCCGCUCUUCGCUCAGCCCGAGAUUCGGCCCUGCAUGAAGGGGCUGCUGACCAAGGUGAAACAUGGCUACUCCAAGCGGGUGUGGUGUGCUCUAAUUGGAAAAACACUCUACUACUUCCGCAGUCAGGAGGACAAGUUCCCUCUUGGGCAGAUCAGGCUGUGGGAAGCACGCGUAGAGGAGGUGGACAGGUCAUGUGAUUCGGACGAGGACUACGAGUCGAGUGGGCGGAGCCUGCUGUCCACUCACUACACCAUCGCGGUCCAGCCCCGCGACCAGGGCCCCACCUACCUGCUUAUUGGCUCUCAGCACGAGAAGGAGGCGUGGCUUUACCACCUGUCAGUCGCGGCGGGCACCACAGCGGGGCAGGUGGGCACAGAGUUCGAGCAGCUGGUGGGCAAGCUCCUCCACGUGGAGGGAGACCCUGGGUCCCAGAUCUGGAGACACCCCAUGCUGUGCUUCAGCAAAGAGGGCCUCUCCUCGCCCCUCACCACCCUGCCCUCCCAGGCCCUGCAGACAGAGGCCAUCAAGCUCUUCAAGACAUGCCAGCUCUUCAUCAAUGUGGCGAUUGAUGCUCCGGCGAUUGACUACCACGUGUCUCUGGCCCAGAGUGCUUUGCAGGUGUGCCUGACUCACCCGGAGCUACAGAACGAGAUCUAUUGCCAACUGGUGAAACAGACAAGGAAGAGGCAGCCUCAGGGCCAAGCUGGACCCCUGCAGGGCUGGCAGUUCCUAGCCUUGUGUGUGGGACUCUUCCUGCCCCAGCACCCCUUCCUCUGGCUGCUACAGGUACACCUGAAGAAGCAUGCAGACUCAAGGACAGAGAUCGGGAAGUACGCCAUCUACUGCCAGCGUUCAGUAGAGCGCACUCAGCAGAGGGGGGAGCGGCAGGCUCGUCCGUCCCGAAUGGAGAUCCUCUCCAUCCUGCUCCGCAACCCCUACCACCACUCCCUGCCUUUCAGCGUGCCCGUGCACUUCCUCAACAACACCUACCAGGUGGUGGGCUUUGAUGCUUCAACCACGGUGGAGGAGUUUCUGGGCCGUCUGAACCAGGACACGGGGAUGAGGAAGACGGGCCAGUCAGGGUUCAGUCUCUACACCGAUGACCCCUCUGGACGUGACCUGGAGCACAGUCUGCAAGGGAGCAUCAAGAUCUGUGACAUCAUCUCAAAAUGGGAGCAGGCCUCCAAAGAGCUGCACACGGGCAAGUCCGAGAGCACCAGGACGGUCCGGUUCACCUACAAGAACAGGCUGUACUUCUCUCUCCAGGUGAGGGGGGAGACAGAGCGAGAGAGGCUGCUCCUGGCUUACCAGACCAACGAGGGCAUCGUUGAGGGACACUUCCCCAUCAACAAAGAGCUGGCCCUGGAGAUGUGUGCUCUGCUGGCUCAGGUAGAAUUUGGAGACUUUGAACGCCCAUUCUCCACCCCAGCUGGACCGGGGUCGGCUCAGUCCAAGUCUAACCAAACCCUCAAACAGGUUCUGGAGAGGUUCUACCCCAAGCGGUACCGGCAGGGCUGCACUGAGGAGCAGCUCAGGCAGCUACGACAGCGUCUUUCUGCCUGCUGGGGGUCUCUCAGGGGCCGCAGCUCCUCCGACUGCAUCCGCAUCUACCUGACCGUCGCCCGCAAGUGGCCUUUCUUUGGGGCCAAGCUGUUUGCUGCCAAGCCGAUCACACCCUCUCCGCAGCAGGGCGCCCCCGUGUGGCUGGCGGUCCACGAGAACGGCAUCAGCAUGCUGGAGUACAACUCAAUGAGGCUGCUGGUGUCUCACCCGCACAAGAAUCUGAUGACCUUCGGUGGUUGCCGUGACGACUUCAUGCUGGUGGUCGGGCAGAGCAUUGGGAGCAGCGCGGCCAAAGACAAGCCCACGGAGAAGCACCUGUUCUCCAUGGCCAAGCCCAAGAUUUUGGAGAUGACCCUGCUCAUUGCCAGCUACAUCAACAGCGCCCACCAGCAGAAGGCCGCCGCCCACCACCUCUCUGCGCCCGCCCUCCUGUCAGCUCAGCCAGUCGAUCUCAAGAACGCGGAGGCAGAGAGCAAACUGCAGCCCACCUCCAGUAGACCCAGCAAGGCACCAACCCUGCUGUGAGCGCCCUCUACUGGUGGCUGCUCCAACAGCGGCCCCGUUUCCCUCAGUCCGUCCACCGGUCUCCAGAGAUAGGAGACAAGAGGGUGUAGCUCUCUCAAUCACAUGACAGGGCACUGUGGUACAGUCAUGUGACAAGGUACUGCCCCUUGUGGUCAGAUCAUGUGACAUUGCACUGAAUCAUCCUCAUGGGUUCAAGCAUGUCACAGGGUACAAUGCUACUGCAUUCGACAGCCCAGAGUAUUUUAGAGUAAUGUAGUUCUCCUCAACUUCAGUGUACUUAGAUCCAGAUGCCUUAGGAGGAAUAUUGGAAUGUUGUUUUGACAAAAGUUUGCCGGAGGCCUUCUUGUAACACAUGCUUUUGAAACUGAUGGAGCGCAAAGGUUGCUAGCCAAUUUUUAUUUUAUUUUAUUUUAAUAUAUUUUAAUUUUAAAUAUUGAAAAGAAGGGGAGUGCCAGUGGUAUCAUGGUAAACAAGCAAGUCAGUACCUGGCAGCAUUUGAUAGACAGUGACACGAAACAUCUCACAGAGAGCAUGAUGGGAGGUGAAGUCCAAAGCUUGAGAUUUUGAAGUACGCUAGAUUAGCUCCACCUCUUAUCAGCCCACUCUGUGACACAUGCUGGGGUUCUUUGCCAGCUGCAUGCAUCCUCGCAGUGGGAAGGACAGGAGUGACAUCUUUUGACCUUUUUAUCCAUAAGUACUGUUGUUAUUCAUUGCAUGGCCACAGUAAUGAGACACUGACUGACAUAGUGCGAUACACACAUCUAAAUGCCUGAAGGGAAAAAUGUUAUACCUGUACUCAGAAUAGCUUGAAGGGAAACAACAGACUAAAUACACACCUAUUACCUGUGCGGAAACAGGAGAAAUAAUCCAAUCAAACUGGAAGCUGUCUCCUUUCACCCUUCCAACUUUAUAUUUAGCUUCUCACGGGAUGAGACUUCCCUUUGAGACUUCCUGCCAUCCACGAUUUCAUCUUUAAUACUAAGGUUUUUACUUUUGUGACUUUUACACGGAUAUAUCUCACCGUUUAGACUCACUGCUGUUUGUUUCAUAUGCUGUGAUAUUCCUAUGAGCCUGCAAAUGUGGUCUAUAAGUUCUCAAACCCUUGAUCAUAAAUAUGACCUUUUGUUAUACUGUAGGUUAAUGUGCUAUA